AUGGGCCUUGAGGCCGAAAAUGGCCCCAGAAUCGCCCGCGGUGCAUCUCCCGUACCUUCUGGACCUUCUAGCUACGGAAUUGUAGAAAUCUCCAGCGCAUCAUCGACAUCAAGCCAUGAUCUUGACUCCGAAGAAUCAAAGAAAAAAGGUGAGUAUGCCGUCAACAUUGAUUCAUGUGACUCUUUCGAUAGUGAAGGGCUCGAGGAAUUCGACUCGGCUGGGCCAAAUCCGUUCCGAGACCCUGUGGUUGCUGCCUACUACACUGAUUUGUAUGAGAAAUGCCAAUAUGAGUGCCGGUCCAGGUUUGAUCCGGAAUUUGUGUGGUCCAAGACUGAAGAAGAGCAGUUGCUCCGCAAAUUGGAUUGGCGAGUUACAGUCACCGCAUGCAUUUUGUUUGUCGGGUUGCAGGUCGACCGAGGCAACUUGGGCCAGGCAGUGGCCGACAAUUUAUUGGACGACUUGGGAAUGUCUACCAAUGAAUACAACCGAGGAAACUCAAUUUUCUUGCUUUUCUUCUUGCUCUCGGAGGUUCCCUCCCAAUUGAUUUCCAAAUACUUGGGUCCUGAUAUCUUUAUUCCACUUCAGAUGUGCUUAUGGAGUUUAGCAGCUAUUAGCCAGGCAUUCAUGACAGGGAAGUACACUUUCUACUUGACACGAGCACUCAUUGGCCUCUUAGAGGGAGGCUUUGUUGCUGACUUGGUCUUGUGGCUCUCGUACUUCUUCAAAGCCAAAGAAUUGCCCAUCCGGUUGUCUUACUUCUGGACCUCUUUGUCUGUCACACAAAUCUUCACUUCAUUGCUAGCAUUUGGCCUAUUACGCAUGCGUGGAGUAUGCGGACUUGCUGGAUGGCGCUGGCUCUUCAUGAUUGAAGGCUCCUUCACGUUUUUUGUCGGGCUCUAUGCAUUUUAUGCCAUGGUUCCUUCGGCCGUGCAGACCAAGAGCAGAUUCCACCCCAACGGCUGGUUUACCGAAAGGGAAGAGAAGAUUGUCGUUAACAGAGUGUUGAGGGAUGAUCCCUCCAAGGGAGACAUGAACAAUAGACAACCCUUGUCGCUUUCAAUGGUGUGGAAGUCCUUCUGUGACUACGACUUGUGGCCCAUCUAUGCUAUCGGUUUUCUUGCCUACAUCCCCACAAAGUCACUUGAGCUGUACAUGACACUAAUGAUGAAGAACAUGGGCUUCUCUACUUUCGACGUCAACUUGUUGAGUAUCCCACAGUACCUUCUCCACAUUGUUGGUCUUUUGUACAUCACCAAAUUAUCUGAGAGAUUGAACGAGAGAAGUUUCGUAUGCUUGCUCGCUCCACUCUUCCUGAUUCCAUUUUUGGCACUUCUUCGCUGGUGGCCAGGAAGCAUGGUUCUUCCAUGGCAAACAUGGUUUCUUGUAACUAUGGUGUUGGCUACCCCAUACGUUCAUGCCAUUUGUGUGGCUUGGGUGUCUAGAAACUCCAAUUCUAUUAGAAGCAGAACGAUCUGCUCAGCCAUUUACAACAUGAUCACUCAGUGUGGCAGCAUCUUCGCCAGCAACCUUUAUAGAGAAGACGAUCUGCCAUUGUAUCGUCGUGGAAACGGCCAACUCUUCUAUUUGGCAGUGUUGGUCAUCCCAUUGCUUCUUUCCGUGAAGAUGUAUUACGUCUGGAGAAACAAGCAGAGAGAUGAGGUUUGGAAUUCCAUGACUCCAGAUGAACGUGAUUACUACGUCAGACGCACUACAGAUGAGGGCAACAAGAGACUCGAUUUCCGUUUUGAUCACUAA